ACCUUUGCAUUUUUUGGGGAUUCUGAUUUACAAGAGAUUUCUUGUUGAUUUUGUCUACUGGAGAUUUUGGACACUUUGUCUCGACUUUGCUCUCUUCGACUAUAUUGUUCGUCUAUCGUUCGAAGUGUAUACUAUCACGACGACCAUCUCCCUCUCUAUUCAGAACCCCAAACGCCAAUCGGAGAUCGACAGAGACGAGAAACAAAAGAGGAACACAGGGCCUACCAUCCCCUUACAAACAAAAAUAAUCCAACCAAACAACACAAAGGAAAAGAAAAAAAAGCAACUCCCCUCAUCAAACCAAUCAAAGAUGAACCCAACAAGCGGCAUAGCAACAGCAGCAUUCUAUUCCUCCAAACAACUCCUCCUCCAAGAAGAGCAAGCAAACACGGUCCCAAAACCCUCUUCUUCUUCGCUCUCUCCACCACCACCACCCUCCUCUUCCUCCUCUUCCUCCUCCUCAACAACACCAACAAACGCUACACCAUCAUCAUCAUCCUCUCCACCGCCCCUCCCCCCAGCAACAGCAACAGCAACAUUCCACAACAUCAACCCCUCAACAUUUCCCUACAGCAUGAAUCCAAACAACAACAACAAUGUCCCUCCUCCUACCUCCACCACUACCGCUUCUUCGCCUACAACGUCUAUCCCCAUUUCUCCGCCAGGGUUACUUGCUUCUCCGAGCUUGACUACGACCAUGGCGCCAGCAAGUGCGGGCGUACGCACGACGUCGAGUGAGAGCGUCAGCACGGUUGCGUCGUCUUCUUCCGUCGGUGAGCCGGUACCUGUGACGGGGGCGGGAGGGUAUCCGUCUCCUGGGGCACAUUUGGAGCCGUAUGUUUAUCCUAAGGGGAGGGAGUAA